CUAGCACGCAUUAUUGAUCAUGGGAAAGAAGAACACCCACAUAAAGAUAUGAGUGGAAAGCCGUUGAGUGAAUUCAACAUGGGCCAACCUCCUCUUCAUAGAGUCGUGACUUCCAGUUCCAGGUUGCACACACUUACAACUGUCAAUGGUAAUAUUUUCAAAUCAUGGCUUGCUGGAGUACUCUAACGCUCUCCUAGAUGCCGGGAGAUUGGAGAUUAAUCUCAAUGCUAAAUACGACUUCAGAGACGUCAUUCCACCUCUCCCUGAGGAGUUGCUCAACCCUAAACAUGACUAUAAAGGAACUAUACCUAGUUUGAACAUUGUGAUCCAGAUCGUUGGAAGCCGAGGUGACGUUCAACCUUUCUUGGCUCUUGGUAAGGAACUGACGAAAGUCGGCCAUCGAGUACGCAUUGCCACACACGAUAUCUUCAAGGAUUUCGUCCAAUCUUCCAGGUUGGAGUUCUACCCUAUCGGGAGAGACCCUUCUGAAUUGAUGGCUUAUAUGGUCAAGAACCCCGGAAUUAUGCCGAAAUUCUCGUCCAUUCUUACGGGUGAUGUCGGGCGUAAGAGGAAAAUGGUCUUAGAGAUGCUUGACGGCUGCUGGAAAUCUUGCACUGAGCCUGACCCCGACACAUUGAUCCCUUUUGUUGCAAACGCUAUUAUCGCAAAUCCGCCCAGCUUUGCUCACAUUCAUUGUGCCCAAGCCUUGGGUAUUCCGCUACACAUGAUGUUUACCAUGCCGUGGAGUCCAACAGCUGCGUUCCCACACCCGCUAGCAAACAUUCAGAUGUCAAAUGUCGAGCCGCGAACCGCGAACUAUCUUUCAUAUCGGAUAGUAGAAUUGUUGACAUGGCAGGGGCUGGGGGAUGUCAUUAACCUUUGGAGGAGAAGGUCACUUUGUCUGCCGCCGAUACCUUUUGCAAUUGGGCCCAACCUUUGCGACCUCUUAAUGGUUCCAUAUACUUACUGCUGGUCUCCAGCUCUUGUUCCAAAGCCGAAAGAUUGGCAUUCCUAUAUAGACGUGGUUGGGUUUUUCUUCCGCGAAGAACCAGUUUAUACUCCAGAGGCAGAAUUGGCUUCCUUCCUACGUGCUGGCUCAACUCCAAUUUACAUUGGCUUUGGCAGCAUUGUCAUGGAAAAUCCUGAUAGGAUGGCUAAUUACAUUGUCGAGGCAGUGCGACAAUGUGGUGUCAGGGCCAUUGUUUCUCGUGGCUGGAGUAAGCUCGGGGAAGCUAGGAGUGACCCGAACUUGUUAUUCAUUGGCGACUGCCCUCAUGAAUGGCUCUUUAAACGGGUAGCAGCUGUUAUUCACCAUGGUGGGGCUGGCACGACGGCUUGUGGUCUGUUGAAUGGACGUCCCACUGGAAUUGUUCCCUUCUUUGGAGACCAAUUAUUUUGGGGUAAAAUGGUCCAUUCAGCCGGCGCAGGCCCCUGUCCAAUUCCCUACGAAAAGAUUAAUACCGAAACUUUGGCUGAGGCAAUUGAUAUAUGCAUGUCUUCGAAGGCUCGUAUCGCCGCGAGUGGAAUUGCCACGAGAAUGAGAGCUGAAAAUGGCGUCCGUGAUGCAGUUGAAUCAUUCCAUCGCAAUCUCCCGUUUUCAUCUAUGACUUGUGAUUUUCUUUCUCAUGAACCAGCAUGCUGGAUUAUGAAAGUAGGCAAGAAGAAAGUCAAGGUAUCAGAUAAAGCAGCGCGGGUUCUCGUUGAACGAGGAAAGUACCAAUCCAAACCUAUUCGCCUCGACAAUCAUCGUUGGGAUCCUGUGACGGCCACCUCCUCUGCGCUUUUGGGCAUGGUUGUGGACAUUGGCACCAAUGCAAGUGACUUAAUCCAAUCAUCUGCCGGGGUAAUGACGUUAGACGGAUCCAAAGAAAACGGGAAAAAAGAAAAAUUGUCAGUUGCCGGUGUCACGACGGCCAAAGCUGCUGGCCGACUCGCCGGUUCGAUCGCGAAGGGCGCCUUGGUUGAUAUACCACUCGCACUCACAGAAGGUCUACAUCAAAUGCCCGCUCUGUAUAACGACAAGCCACGGGAAUAUGAUACGGUGGAUAGUGCUAAGCGGGGUGGGAUCGUGGCGGCAAAGAGCUUGGCUUUCGGCUUCUAUGACGGUGUUGCGGACCUUGUUGUACUACCUUUCAGAGGUGCCAAGAAAGAUGGCAUAUGGGGCUUUUCAAAGGGUAUUGCUAAGAGUUAUAUGGGAAUUGUGACAAAACCGUCAGCUGGCAUGUUCGGUCUGGUAGCCUAUCCAGCCUUGGGGCUGUAUAAAUCAAUAAGUGCGCUGCAUUUAUCGCCCGCACAGGCUAAGAUUCUCCUGGCUCGGAAAACAUACGGUUCAUACGCCAUGAGAAAUGCGCAGGUGACUGAUUCCGAGGUCUCGCAGGUCCUGAUGGUUUUUCAUAACCACUGUUAA